AUGUCGAAUGUGGUGUCAGUUGGGGCGAAAUUUGCGAAAAAGAAAACUGGAGGUCGCUUCGUUAUUGAUCUGGGCAGCAAGACGUCACCGUGUCAAAUGGGAUUCCACAUACGAGCUCUCAUGUGUUUCGUGAGAACACCCGACGGGGAGGAACCGCCUCCACUGGGCAGCGAGGAAGUUGAAAACGUUGCAUGGGCCGGUCCCGGCUUGCUGGAAGUGGAUACAACGAGUACUUACACCUUUAUUUGGAGAGUGGCAUACCUAGAUCUUUGCACCUGGGAAUUGCUGAAGGUGCCAGCAAUCAGUCCGCUCCCACUGGAGAGUGUUUUGGGUGAAAUUAAGUCAGGGUGUGCCUUCAUCUACGAUCUCGGUCGAUGCGGUGGAGAACAUGGCAACUGGAGAGACAGCUUGAUUCUGCAGAUUUUCUUUGCCAGAGGGUCACAGGGAGACGAAUGGCAAGUUGAACGCCGACCGUCUAUGGAUGCUCCUGCAGGAAUGGACGACGAGUCUCCCAAGACCGUUUUGGAGGUUGCAUCUGAUGCUUCAGAAGAAGUGUCUGCUGCCGGUUCUGAUGUUCAGCUAGUCACAGCAGACGAUCAGAGCGAUUCAGAGACGACACAAGACUCUCUUGAUGAUGACGAGGCCAUGUAUGAUCAGGAUGAGGACGAGAUCCGUGAGUUGAGCAAAAGCCAUUCUCAGGCGCUUCUUCAAAUCGAAAGUUGGCGACCUAGAAAUGUUGACGAAAUCUUGCCGGAUAAACUUCAAGUGCAAGUUCCCUUCUACAUCGAAGCAAUCGAUCGGUUCCGACGCCGCAAGGUCCGCUACUGGUAUAUUUUUUCACUCACCGAUCCUGGCGGGACAUUUUGGACAGCGAAAGAUUCUCAAGAGCUGGCUUCGCUGUGCCGCCCGAAGCGGCGGCUCCGAACCUUCCGCCGCGGUCCUGGAGCGAGAAGGUACACCUGCUGUGCCGUGAAGACGCUGGAGCAAUUCCGAAGCGUCGUGUCCUCCCACCUGGACUUGGAGAGUGAGUCCAAGCUGAGGAGUGUCGUGGUUCGAGCAGCAGUCACAGGGUCGAUGACUCCCGACCAGACGGAUGCAUCCGUGGAGGGCAGUCCACGGCCUGAUUCAGGUCAUUUGAGCAGCCCUGCUAGACUGGCUCGCAAGGUCAGACGCAGAACGCUGGGACAACGUCGACGGGUGCAACUGAUGCCACCACGCUUUUUCGUCGCAGCAGACAGCAUCGUUUGUGGCCUGGCUUUCGCUCAUGCCCGGCAAGGACGAUCAAGCGUCAUCCGAGAGGCCUUGGUCGGAUCAGUGCAUUUCGAAGGUCGUAUUUGUGAAGAGCUUCUUCGGCUAUCCUCAGACGGUUUCCUUCGCUGCUUCACGCCUUAUGAUUGUGAAAAACCGCGAAUAAGCGUGCAUGCCGGCGAGAUCCUUCAGAUCGAAGCCCUGCCCGGACCCACUCUGGGCAGAUUUAUGCUUUGGCAGGUCCACACGUUCCUUCGCGUGUUUGUCUUCUGCUGCGCGGACUCGGCUGACAGGGAACAGUGGAUUUCGAACCUGAGCCGCAUGGUGGCACAGGUUGGUGGAGAUGCCCACCACGGUGAUGCGACGCACCAGAAGGACUCGAAACUGUCUCCUGAAAUCGGCUCUCCCCGAGAACCGCCGUCGCAAGAGCCGCCGUCACCCAAGACGCCUGCGACAUGGAAAAGUGGACGUUCAAAUCCAGUGGAUGUAUUUGGCUUUUCCAUCGCAAAGAAAGCCGCUGGCAGAGUCGCCGGUGGAGCAAGAAGCGGCCUGCGUGCGAUUACAGGCGGACAGAGAGUUCCGAGCAAGGAGGCCAUGUUGCUCAUGGAUUCCACCAGAGGCCGACGCUGGGGACACAGACGGCGCUUGGUGCUGAAUGAUCGCAUCCUCGCCAGUUUACCAGAGAAACGCCUUGCACCUGAUUUCUCUGCGUGCCUCUUGGAGAAGGCGCUCAGUUUGGGAGCAGCGCCUGCAGCGGCUGACGUCACGGCUUUUCUGGAUGCAACCUGUUUGUUCAAGGCCGUCAGCUUUCAAAAUUGGACGGAGGCUGAAAUGUUGACAUUUUGGGUCAACACGUACCACUGCAUCCUCUUGCACGGCCUCCUCAUCUUUGGGUCUCCGCAGUCAAAGUCGGAGUUGAACAACUUCCGAAACAGAGUCAGUUACUUGAUCGGAUCAAGGCCAAUGAGCCUUCGUGAGAUCGAAAGUGCUAUGCUCCGUGUGCCCAAGACUGAUCCACAAGCCGCUCGCCAGGCUCGGGUACGGGCCAGGCAGCUGCUGGGAUUCUGCGGUCUCUGCCGCAAGGGGGCGACCCCACCGGAUCCAAGCUCUCCUGCUAGUCAGCGUGGCCAGCAGCGGUUGCCUGAUGCCCCGAUGUGUUUGCCCAAGAUGCCGCUUCCCAAAGGGCCUUGGACCUACGACAAAACGCAAGCUUGCCUCUACAUCGGAAGCCCGCCAGAGCUUUGGCUUCCCCCGAAGCAGGACCUUCGGGUGGUUCUGACCCUCAACAGAGGUACCUUAAGCUCCUUGUCUGCCGUUCCGAUCUUCGAUGCUGCAAGCAUUGACUCCCAGCUGAACGAAAUGGCUCAUCAAUUCGUCGGCACUUUCGUGGAGGUGCAGCUUCGCGACGGGAUCCCGCAGAAAGUGACGCUACCAGUCUGGUGCCGGGUCCUUCUACAAGAGUUUAGAGAUGACGAGGCACAGUUGCUCUCUUUCGUCUGGAAAUUCAUGUCGAAGGAGGUGCCCCAGCUGCCAGACAAGAAGGUUCAGCUCAAGUUCAAGAAAUUUCCACAGGAAUCUCGCCAGCGCGUGCAGUAUUUCAAGGCUAUUCUUGGCGCUCAAGAGGCGAAACCAACUUCAGCCUUUUACGCUCUUGACGGCGCUGCAAAGGCAGCGCAUCUCACGCUACUGACGAGAGCCCUGCCCCCAGACAUCAUGCACAUCCUCAGCUGUUGUAAAACGGAUGGCUAUGCACUGAUUGGACAGUUCAUGAGACCGGUCAUGUCAACCGGAGAAAGUGGUUUGCUUCCGGGGUCCGUGCAGAUCCGUGGCAGUGGACUGCAGCUCCUGGACACCAGUUUCGUGGCUGUCCUCAGUGCUUCUGCGGCACCUCUGUGGCAGAAGGACCCCGGGCUGAUAACACCAGCGCUUUGCAGUGGCUUGAGUUGGUUGGACAAGAAGGAGUACGCAUCAAGCUCAGUGAACGCGGUCGUGCCAACUGAAGCGAGCAGAGCGAUUGGUCAGUAUUGUAUCCAAGGCUGGCAGACUACCAUCACAAAUUGCGCCAUCGCUUCCUGCUCUGUCGCCUCUGCCUGGAAACUCUGCAUGAGUUUGCUUCUGCGCCAUGUUGACAUCUUUGGUUGGACAGCUGCUAUUUCGAGCAACAGCUGCUCCGGUGCUUGGGAGAGGGCUGUAGACAUGCUGUUUGCCAUCGGCUGUUCCUGUUUGCAGCCGACGUAUGUUACCUUCAAUGCGCUAACCGGUGCGAGCGCCGAAGUGGACAGCCUGGGUGCACUUCCGUGGUUCGUGUCGUUGACUGUUUUGAGAGCGUGUCGGGCAGACGCAAAGACAUGCAGCUCCCUGAUCUCCAGUGUCACCACCGGAAGAAGUUGGCGCCAGGCUUCUUCAAUCUGGGAUGAAGUACAAAGCAGUCGUGUCGACGGUGACGUGGUGCUGCAUAGCACGGCCGUGGCUGCCCUGGCAGCUGGCCUUCAAUGGCAAACUGGGCUGAGAGAUGCAACGAUGCUCGUCAAGAGGCAGGUGUCUGGCUUGUCUGCAGCCAUCGCGAGCACCGUGCUUGGAUGCUGCAGUCCGAAUUGGCAGGAGCCAUGGUCCUUGUUUUGUCCGCAAGUGUAG